AUGAUCAGCCGGUUUCUUGAGCAACAGCCAGCUGUUACUGCUGCCCUCUUAUCUCCAGAGGUCAGAAAGAAUACCACUGACAUCUCUACCCUGACUGAUGGAGACAUCAAGAAUGCAGAAGAGGUUGUGAAAGCCCUCCAUCCAAUGCUGCAACACGCCCAACUUCUGAGCGACACACUCAGCACAAUUGAGGAUGCCCCUCUCGUCAAGGACAUAAAGUGUGCCAUCCAUGGAGACCUAUCAAAGCGCUACAUGUCUGCAGAGGAGAAAAACUUCCUCUACGUUGCCUCCGCCUUAGACCCCAGGUUUAAGUCGAUGCUCUUCUUGUCGCCUUCAGAAGUGCAGGAGACGUAUGCCAUGGUUGUGUCCAAGGCUGCUGCCCUGAUGGGGAAUGCAGAUGUGGGAAUGCAGUCUGAUGGUAAUGUAGAGGAGGGAGGAAGCACUGAAGAGAGUGGUCCUGCUGAUGACACCAGUGAUGAGGACCGACCACCACACACACCAAAAAAAAGGAGAUCCGCACUUGCAAACCUCCUUGGACAAACAUUCCAGCAUGCCAGAUCUUACCUGACCCCAUCAUCACCUAACUCCAAGGCUAAAAAGGAGGUUCAGCAAUAUCAAGAAUCCUCACCUCUACCACUGUCAGAUGAGCCGUUGGGUUGGUGGAAAUCUGAGGCAUGCAAGUACCCACACCUUGCCAAGCUGGCCCAGAGGUACCUGUGUGUGCCAGGGACUAGCGUGCCAUCAGAGAAAAUCUUUUCUACCACCGGUGACAUAAUCUCUGCUCAGAGGUGUGCUCUUACAUCUGAGCAUGCUGAUCAGUUAGUUUUCCUCAAGAAGAAUAUGCCUUGA